AUGGUCUCCAAGUCUUUGACACCGCAGUCUGGUGAGCUCUGUAUGAGAUGCUUCAUCGACACGGAACUCUCUCAAAAUGCAUGGAUAUAUUCCUACGAGCCCGUCGACAGUAUCGUAGCGUCUCAGAUCGCUGGCGACCAGGCAACCAGAUUGAGGUGGUCCCCGAUAGCCUCGAGGAGACAAUACAAAAACAUCGAUCCGCGAAUCGCCAGACCUUCACUAUUCGAAAGAUACCCGCUCGAAAACAUGAUAAUGAGAGGGAAUUUGUUCGCCCAAGGUCUAUACCGACCCGCCAAAAGUCAAAUGCACAUCUCUCGGUUCCCGCCGUCGCGUUAUCGGGACCUCCUACUGACCGAUGAUGAAGGUACCAACAAUAGAUUUGAUCUCCACUCCUUUCAAGCACGACGCAACCCUGCAGUCGACCCAACAAGAGCAAAUAUUUCGUGGGCGAAGAAUGCACCUUACGGUCCAUCUACCGAACUCCCCUGGCUCAGUUAUGCGGAAAUGUCCGACGGCGGAGGAGAGGCGGACUUUCCCAUUCUCAUCGGGUCACAGAGAACAGGAAUGGCCUUGCCGCACUCCUCUGUCGACCUGUUUGUCUCCAUCAAGGAUCUUGAGAGGGCGGAAGGUGGUCGGGGUCCAAGUGCCACCAGGCCAAAGAUGGUGCAAGCGCGGCUCAAACGCCUACGCGAGAUUGCGAGUACACUAAAAGAUUCUCGCUCACUUUCCAAUGUUAUGCUGAAAAGAGAUAGAGACCCAACCUUAGCAGCUCUCCACGAUGCUACGGGUCUGCAGGUGCAAUUCCAAUGCGGACCCAGUCCACCGGCUUCCAUCGAUUUUAUCCUCAACUACCGCGCAGAAUUUCCAACUCUCCGCGCCUUAUUCAUGGUCUUGCGAAUACUGCUCGAAACGCGUGGCCUGUUUGGUGGAGUCGAUGGGGGUGUGCGCCCGUAUCUCCUAAUUAUGAUGAUUGUUGCGGCUCUCAAGAUUCGAGAGGGUAAAUACCAGCGCGACAACGUGGGCAGUCAAUUGCUUCACGUCCUUGAAUUUUAUAAAGAUACAGCUUUUACCAAAUACGGUGUUUCUGUUGAGCCGCCUGGUCUUUUCGACAAAGAGGUAGGCGUAAGUGUGAAGAAGAAUGGGAAGUUGAUUCCUCACCCAUAUCUAAGAGGCCAACGUAGCAUCAGCAAACGUUCCUCAUCAUCGCCAUGCGAGGGUAUGCUGAGCUUGCAAGAUCCCUCUGAUUUCAUGAAUGACGUGGGAUCCACCUGUCUUGUUAUGUCCCAAGUGAAACAGCUGUUUAAAGCUACAUAUGAUGAUCUCAAAGCUCGAAUAAAAACCGAGGGAAAGCAGGGUACUGCCUAUAAUCAUCAACAACAGCAACAACAAGAACAACAACAACAACAAUGGCAACGGCAACGGCAGGUCAAUGUCGUUGAAAAUAAUGUGAACAAAGUUGGCGGAAGCAUGCUUAGUGUGGCCCUGGGUGCUAACUACCACAACUUCGAAAGAUUUCGAGAUCGACUUCUCGACGUUGCUUCUCCCACAGGACCUGUCCGCACUGGCGAAAUGGAUCACAAUUUUGAACUGCUCCCACUCCCACUUGGGGAGGUGAGGACGCAUAUGGAAAGUUGGCCCGCGGAGGAAAACAAAGAAAAGUGUGUUCCUCCUGGAUAG